AUGUACCAAGUUUCAAAUGGCAUCGGCUUCUAUGUGCUUGCUACAUACUUCCUUGCUGCAAUUGAAUCUAAGUUUUUGAGAGCUAUACCUUAUGAAAUAGAGUUAAUUCCUCAAGAGGAAUACAGAUCUAAGUUCUGUUACUCAGUUGCGGAAUGUCGGGCAUCCUAUCCACGAGCUAUGGAUAGAGGCAAUGAUUUUUUCAAGUAUUUGCUGUCCAGAGUGGUGGUUUCCUCUGUUGGAGGUAUUCCUAAGUACAACGUAGAUGAGGACACAGUGAUUCGUUAUAUGUGGGAUGUCCAUCAAGCAGCCGUUGAUGUUGGAAAAUCACAGCUCAGUGAUGUAUCAUUCUAUUCUUCUGAAACUGAACGAGACUUCUUCAUGGACUUUCUACUUGCAGUAGAAUUUUCUGUGGCAACAUUAUAUCGCCCCUACAUUAACAGUACGGCAGAAUUCCUAGUGGGUUUCCCACAUAGGCCACUCACAGACCAAGAUCGUAAUGUUCUUGCAAGUGACGUCACCGUACGGGAAAAAGCAUUUAUGAGUUCAGUGAAAUUCUUUUCGAGAACAAAUGAAGCUACAGGAGGGUUAUUUUUAACAGUUUGGAAGAUAGCCAUGACUUCAGAAGCUGGACGGGCUGCAGGACGAUUCCUCAUUAAAAGGCUUCUUUUAAUACCAAGUCUUUAAUGGCCUUUUUUUAAUGCCACUAUAUAUAAUCAACUUGAUUCCAUGAUUAAACGCAAUU